AUGGUGAGCGAGGAGGGGGAGGCUUUGGCUGCUACCGCUGACAAGCUUGUCGACGCGGAGGCCCCCCCCUCCCUCGCGGGCACCUGCGCAGGCACCCUCGAGGGCAGCAGCAGCGCGGACGCGUCGUCGGACGCCGCCGGCGACUGCGCGGCCGGCGGCGCCGACGGCCCGGGCGGCAGCGCGCGGGAGGCCGCGGGGGCGUGCGGCGCGGCCGCGGCGCCGCGGGCCUCGCGCGGGCAGGAGGAGCUGCCGGAGGAGCCGCCGUUGUGUCAUCUGGCCCCCCUCCGAUAUCCUGCUCCUACGACGGCACAGCGAAGAUAUGGUGCGCGACCUCGAAGGCCUGCCUGCAGAGCUUCCUGGGCCACGGAGGGGCCGUCAUGUCGGGGGAGUUCUCGCGCGACGGCAGGACCCUGCUGA